AUGACGACUGAGGUCUCUAAUACGCGGCUCUACCUGGGCAACCUUCCUCGCAAUGCUACCAAGGCCGACAUCGAGGCUCACUUUGCGACUCAUGGCACCGGAGACAUCACCGAGGUCAAGCUGAUGAAUGGCUUCGGCUUCAUUGAAUACAAGGAUCCUAUGGAUGCCCGAGACGUCGUUCCGGAUGGAUCUGACUUCAUGGGAGAGCGUCUCACUGUUCAGUUUGCCCGUGGACCGCGACAGAGGGAAAGUGGUUUCAGUGGCCAUGAGCGCGCUCCACCGCGACCCCGACGAACUCCUCACCGGAUGCAAAUAACCGGGCUUCCAAACGAAACCAGUUGGCAGGACCUCAAAGACUUUGCGCGUCAACCCGGCCUUGACGUGGUAUAUUCCGAGACGGGACGAGACUCUAACGGCAGGGGCUUUGUUGAGUAUGAGACCGCUGCCGACCUUCGAACCGCUGUAGACAAGCUCGAUGGUCGAGAAUUUAAGGGAAAUCGAGUCCAAUGUAUUGCCGACACCCAGCCAGAUAUGCCUCCUCGGGAUGGUCGCGGUCGCUCACGUUCGCCUGGAGGCCGACGACCUUACAACAAUAUGCCUACCCGAUUUGACGAAUACGAUCGACGUGGUCCUCCCCCUCGUGGGUACAACCGAGACCCUGGUCCUUAUGGUUAUCGCGAUCGAAGUCCUCGACGCGAGUAUUACGAAGACAGAGCCCGUUACCGCUCUCCUCCUCGAGGACCUGCCCCUAUUGAGGACUAUCCUCCGGCUCGAGGCCGCUACGAGGACCCAUACCGUCGAGACUAUCCUCCCCCACCACCCGAUCCCUAUGCCAACGGUCGUCAGUAUGAUCGACCUCCCAGGGACUUCCCCCCUCGAGAACCUGCGUACCCACCGCGUGAUGGAUAUGCUCGCGAAUAUGACAGAGGUGGACGCUACUGGUAA